UGAAAGAAGGUGUCAAAGGUGAUGAAUUUAAAUCUACAUAUAUUUUGCUGCUGAUGAAAAAUAAAAUCGUUGACGCUUAUCCGUUUUCCUUUCCGACGGCAGUUUAAGCAAGCUUUAAGCUCUGGUUUCUGAAUUCAGAUCGUUUUUCCAAAACCAUCAAAUCUUUUGUGAAAACGAAGGAGUUAGAUCGAUAAAAUAGAUCGAGAAAAGGUCCACAAGAAAUUGAGAUCGCUUACGCGUUGGGGAGAUGUCGGUUGCUGCGACUGCAACUAGGGUUAAGGUGGACGCAAGCGGGAAGAAGACGGAGAUCUCGACUUCAAAGCUAAAGUCAGUAACUUCGGCUUCCAAGCUAGAGGGGAAAGGGAAGGCAGUAACGACCACCACAAAGGCAACCACAACAACUGCAACAAUUAAGACAAAAUCUGCAAAGAAAGUCUAUACUCUGCCUGGGCAGAAGUACGAUCUUCCUGAAGAGAGAGAGCCGUUGAGAAUAUUCUAUGAAUCAUUGUCAAAGCAGAUUCCAACUAGUGAGAUGGCUGAAUUUUGGAUGAUGGAGCAUGGAAUGCUGUCUCCUGAUAGAGCCAAGAAGGCAUACGAAAGAAAACAAAGGAAGCAACAGCAACUGCGAAAAGGAACUCCUGUUAAAUCUCAGAAGAUCAACAGGCCAGAAAGCUCAAAGUCACAACUACCAAAGAACAGUGAAUUAAAAUCAAAGAAAAGAGUCCGUUACAGUGAUAGUGAUGAUGAAGUCAUCAUAAAACACAAGAAAUCAAAAUAUUAAUUGAAUGACACAAUUGUGUGGUCAAGAUGAAGGGGUGAGCCAAUCUAGUGUUUACAUGUGGUACAAAUAAUUUGCCUAAAGUGGCUCACAUUCUUACUUUAUAGUUGCCAAAGGCAUGUAGUUUAUGAGUAUUUGAUCUGUGGGAAAAAUUAACUUAUUUAUUUGUUAGGUAAUAAACAUCAUGUUCACCUGGCACUUUACAGCAAUAAAAUAUUGAUUAAAACCCAA